UCAUCAUUCACGAUGAAGGCACCCUCAACAGCGCUUCUGAAAGCCUUCUCGCCUUUAUGGCAACCACCAACACCAACAUGGACGGCGAAGGGAUGCUUAGCGCAGCAAUGCGCAGGCUUUUCCUCAUCGGCGCAUCGCAUGGCGCGGGAUAGCAGUAAGAAGAACCUACGUCCCAAGACGGACAUGAGAAUCAGUACGUCAAGCGAACAGCAUAAGUCGAGACUACAGUGGGAAGACUGACACGCAACAGCCGUCAUCCGCUACCAUCUCCAACACCCUAAAACCCCUCGACCUCUGCGCUUCUCAC